AUGGCCAACGUCGUGAUGGUAGUACAGAAGCCGGCGGACUCCAAGUGGUGCGGGGUGUAUCCGCCGAAGAUCGGCCUCUACGUCUACUUGUUCGUCGGACUGCUCCUAACGAUCGCCAGCUUCACGCAAGGCUACGUCAUCAUGCCGUCUCUGAUGGUGCUGAUGACCCUCGUCGAGGUCUACGCCAUCUACCGCGACCACGCCUGUCUUCUGCUCUUCUUCCUCAUCAUGAACACCAUCUCCGUCGUCAUCCUCUGCGGGUUCUCCGUCUUCGCCUUCCUGCUUCUCUUCGUUCUGACCGGUGUCGCCAGCGUCAAGAGGUUUGUUCUAUUAUUUCCAACAGAUCUCUCCAGGAACCUUGGAGUGACCCCUAGUGAACUGUACUUUUGACAGAAACCUCUAGGGACUCUAGUAGCUUUAACGUGAUUAUUAGGGAACUAUUAUUUCCAACAUAACCCUCCAGGAACCUUGAAGUGAUCCUUAACAAACUAUAUUCCCAACCGAAACCUCUAGGAACCUCCAAGAACCCAAAAAAGGAUCCCUAAUGAACUAUACUUUCAACAGAACCCUAUAUAAACUUCCAGGAACCUUAAAGAGAUUCUUAACAAACUAUAUUUCUAACAGAACCCUCCAGGAACCUCAAAGGGAUCCCUAGUGAACUGUUAAACGAGGUAACGACUUUACGCGCGAAAUCGCAAAUUUUAAAUUACUUGGGCGUUUAUAACGAAAAUUUUAAAUGAGCGCGUGAAAGUCACGAUAUCGUUGUAGGACCCGAUUCUUCUAACAACUUUCUAGAUUUUUUAUUUUCAUAAUACAUUGCAGAGGUGACCAAAAAGGCGAUGUCUCGCCCUUCGAAGUGACGGGUCCCCUUCUCGUCCUCCAGCUCCUUCUUCUGGCGAUGGUGAUCCACCAAUGGCUGCUCACCCUCUGGGUCUACCGCCACGCCAGCAACAAGAAGAAGUUCAUCGCCUACACCGCCGCCCCCGCCGUCGGACAGGUCGUCGUCGAAACUGCCUGA